AUGCCUCUUCAGCAGCGCAGCGAAAAGCGCGAGCGCAGGCCGUGGACGAUAGACGAAGACUUGUUGCUCCGGCAGGGCGUAGAAACAGAAGAAGAGCCAGGGACGUCUGCCCCGUCCAAAUGGAAUGCCAUUGCAGAGCACGUACCCGGGCGCACGAAUAAGGACUGCCGCAAACGCUGGUACUCGAAGAUGAACGCGGAGGUGUUGCGUGGAGGGUGGUCAGACGAGGAAGAUGCGCGGCUGGUCGCCGCCAUUGAAAAGUACGGGACAAGGUGGUCGUUGGUCGCCACUAUGGUGCAGACGCGGAACAGCGACCAAUGCGCAAAGCGGUGGACGGACACCCUCGAUCCCACAAUCGACCACGGUGCCUGGUCGAAGUCGCAUGACAAUCUCCUCCUUCAGGCCGUCAACACACAGGGGAAGCUAUGGACGAAAAUUGUGAAGAAGCACUUUCCAGGGAGGACAGGACUCGCAGCGAAAAACAGGCGCGUCAGUCUACUCCGAUACAACGCCCUUCUCCGAGAGCCGACAUCCUUCAAACGGCGGCCUCGACAGCGGCAUCCUCGUUCGAGUCGCAGCAACUCCAUCUCAUCAUGUGCCGAGUCUUCCGCCUCGUCGGUUGGAACUGGCAGCCCCGCUGCAUUUGCCCCUCUCGAACUCGACGGAUUCUUCGCUGAGGCUUUCGAUCCCUCGCAAUUCUUUCCUCCGCCCACUGCAUGGCCAGGAAGCCCGGAUGCCCACCUCGCGGGGGGACAACCCACAAGCAGCUAUGCGGGCUCUGCAUCCCAUCACCUGCCCUCCGGCGAGUCCAGCCUGUCCUUCACUCCAUCUUUUCCUCCAGAGCCUCACGACCUACAUCUCUCCGACCCGAUGCAUGCGCUCUACGCCGCCGAUUUUGCCACCGUACCCACACCCGCUUUGCUUCCCUCGGAUUUCAAUACACAGCUUCUCGCAACCCCCUCUGACGCCGAAGCGCUCGCCGCAAGAGGGAAUCCUUCCCUCGACGUCGACCAACCCAUAUCGCAUCCAGCGCCCGGCGUCGCUGGCUACGAAUAUCCGCCACCCGCGACAGGUGCAGUCUACCCCACAUCGUGGGAUGCUGGCGCGAUGUGGGACGCGAUGGUAGCCCUUCCGCCAGGCGGGUUCAGAUGGCCGGAGCGGUUCGGCCACAUCGAAGGAGAAUGA